GAAAACACUAGCAGUUCUUAAACACUCUUCUGACCAAAGGCAAAGCCUAGGAUGUGAGGCAGUCCUCCCGUUCUCUUACCACUUGGCGUCUCUUAAAAUGUGCGAACACACACAAUGCCCCUGAGGCUUCGGAGACAGGCGGAGAACGAGAGACAGAGCAGGGCGACGGAACGAGAGAGGGGAGGGCGACCAGGAAGCGGACUGAAGAGAAAGCAGAACGCGAGGGAGAGAGACGCUCACUCAAGACUGUCACGCUCGGGACGGCGUAGGAGAGGUUUUGUCUCUCUCGAUCGCAAGUGCACUAGCACAACGGUGCUUUUAAACAAAGAAUCGUUUAAACCGCAGGUGCUACCAGCCACCAACGGAUUUCCCAUGCAACAACGGGAUUUUUUUCACAAACAAAAGGACACAUCUGUGACACUUGGAUAAGUAGCCUACAGAAAACGUCAGACAAAGAGCGCCCGCGAAGGUAAAGAAACUUACUGGAAAAAGUUUGUAGGCUAUUUUUUCUGUUCACCGUUACAGGCGAUAUUUUUAAAGUGGAGUUUUAAUUUGUAUAACUUACGCUUAAACGCUUUACUGUCUUGUGGAUAUAUCCAUCGGGAAGACCGCAUUGCCUGGCGCUGGCGUGAUUUCCUCUGGCUCUUAAGUCUCAGGAGCGAGUAGAGCUUUGAUUUCUUUAGGCUCAGGGGCGUCUGGUGGGGAGUCUGACUGCCGGCUAAAGCAGAGGAGGAUAGAAGUUGAAGAAGCUGGAGACAGAGGCUGCAAACUCUUGGGAGGAGUUUUUUCACCAUGACUUAAAGCAACUCCCCGCAAGAUGCAUACAUACACAACCCUGUGAAGCUUUGGCUGAACAGCAAAGAAUGUACCAUCCAGCAUUUUGAUUGUAGGCUAUGUAAUCAGCUUAUAGACCCCACCCCACCUCAAGACAUCAAAAAGAACUAAUCAAAGACACUUCACAGGAGAUAUUUUGUAAAUAAGUCGUUUGAAGGAGCCACUUCUGUUUGUUGACUUUUUUUUAUACUUAACUGACCAUUCAUGGUGGACCAGGGGUUGAGAGACCAGGGGUUCAUUGAGUAGCUGUUACAUAACGGUCAACCCUCAUCGCUGGUCCUCCUGUUUCUUUGAGACAUGUACAACAGCACCCAGCUGAUAGAUAACAUCACCCAGUCAUGGGCCUACGGCAACGGCAGCACCAUGCCACCGGCAUUGGACACGCCGUGCCCCAAGAACGACAGCUUCAAGUACCCACUGUACAGCACAGUGUUCAGCAUUGUGUUCGUGGUGGGCCUCAUCACCAACGUGGUGGCCAUGUACAUCUUCCUGUGCUCACUGAAGCUGCGCAACGAGACCACGACGUACAUGAUGAACCUGGUGGUGUCGGACCUGCUGUUCGUGCUCACACUCCCGCUGCGGGUUUUCUACUUCAUCCAGAGGGACUGGCCGUUUGGCGGGACACUCUGCCAGCUGUCCGUCUCGCUCUUCUAUACCAACAUGUACGGCAGCAUUUUCUUUCUCACCUGCAUUAGCGUUGACCGCUUCCUGGCUAUCGUGUACCCGUUCCGCUCACGGGCGCUGCGCACCAAGCGCAACGCCCGGAUUGUGUGCGCGGGCGUGUGGGUGUCAGUGCUGGCCGCAAGCCUGCCGACGGGAUUCCUGCUGGAUCCCACGACCCGAAAGAACAACACAAGCAGCGGUGGCGGCGGUGGCCAGUUCUGCUUCGAGAACUUCUCGUCCACGCAGUGGAAGUCGCACCUGUCCAAGGUGGUCAUCUUCAUCGAGACAGUGGGCUUCCUCAUCCCACUGCUGCUGAACGUCUUCUGCUCGGUCAUAGUUCUCCGGACGCUCCGGAAGCCCCAGGCACUGGGCCGCGGCGGCAAGCUCAACAAGACCAAGAUUUUGCGCAUGAUCUUUGUGCACCUCUGCAUCUUCUGCUUCUGCUUCAUCCCCUACAACGUCAACCUGGUCUUUUACUCACUGGUGCGCACAAAGACUCUGCAGGGCUGCCAGGUGGAGUCAGUGGUGAGGACCAUCUACCCGGUGGCACUCUGCAUCGCCGUCUCCAACUGCUGCUUCGACCCCAUCGUCUACUACUUCACGUCGGAGACCAUCCAGAACUCGAUGAAGCGCAAGUCUCAGGUGGGCCGUGGCUACGACGUCAAGUUCUCCGAGGCCAUGCAGUCGGAGACCUCCACCAGCCUUCGUUUCAAUCUGCAGACACUCAAAGCAAAAGUCUUCAACAAUGAGUCCAAUGUAUAAGAGGCUUUUAAUGUUGGGGUGGGGUGGGUCCCGAUGGGAAUAUGGGGAGUGAUCGUUUGUGGAGAAGGACAGGGGAUGUGCAAGUGAGCUCUCAGAGACCCCGAAGGCCCUGAGAGACCUAUCAAACAGGUGCUUGGGUCCGGAUAUGUGGAGAGGAGAGUUUCAAAGUUCUCAGUUCGGACAGACAAAGAAACCACAUGAUGCAUGAUACUUGUACACAUUCAUGGAUGUGCCAUUCGACCCUUACACUCUCCACUUUUCAGAUGUGAGAAAGGGGCAAAUGGAAUGAAUGCUUAUACUCCUCUCAACUGGAACUUAAACUGAACACUGGAGACUAUAUAUAUAUAUAUAUAUAUAUAUAUAUAUAUAUAUAUAUAUAUGUGUGUGUAUAUAUACAAAAAAUGUGUGUGUAGAAAUGUAUUUGAGUCGGUCUUGUGAAAGUGAAAGCUAACAUACAUUAUUUAAUUUCACAUUAAACCAUAUAAUUCAUUGCUCAAUGCUGUUUCUGGCUACUGAUCCUUUCCUGUAGGUCACUAAUGGCAGAGAGGUAUGUAGCUUAAGCACCAUGCUACUGUAACCAUUAAACCAGAGCUAUUAAGGGCACUUAAUGUUAGAAUUCACAUUAUAUUGCACUGACAUUUAAUGUCUAUGACCAAUGCCACUCUGUAUUUUUUCAAGAGGUCGUUAACCGGCCAAAUAAAGCAUAAUGUGUCAUAAAGGCACUUUCUAACA